AUGUCGGGGCGUCAGAACGGCAACCUCUUCUUCUAUUUCCCCGAUGCCAGCGAGAAGCUGAAAGAGCAGGCGAAAGCCGUGCAUGAGAAUCUGAAGGAUCGCGAGGCCUUAGACGAAAACCUGCGGCUGAGAAACGAGGACCAUCCGGAGAGGGGCGUGGUCGACUUCUUCGAAGAGUUGGAGGAAGCGCAGCAGAAGGCGCGGCGGGCGCAGGCUCGCGAGGCCGCGGCCACCAAGCGGUCGGAGGAGACGAAGGCCGAUCAGGAAGACCUCCCGGCGGAUCCCAAGCCAGCAGCGCCCCGCCGCAGUCCCAACUCUCGCAUCGUCUGUGCCGAGCCGGCGGCAGAACGCAGCGGGUCUUCGCUGCGACCAGCGGAUUCGGUUCCGGGGGAGACCAUGACCCUGGUCCGGGUGGCGGCGAUGCUGAAGACUGUCGCUUUGAGGCUUUCCGACUCGCUCAGCGGUGAACGAGAUGCCGGAAGCCACAGUUCGGAUGCCAAAGGCAAGGUUGGUGGCAAGACCAAAUCUCCGGCGAAAGGUGUCUUCAAGCAUUGCUUCCCCCAGAAGGCGGAUGAGGUGGCUGAGCCUAAUUUGGUCCAGAAGAUCGCCCACAUGCUCGGCAUGAACAAGUUUGCGGCCUACAUCAUCAUGGAUGCCAGUUGGGCAGGCGAGAGAGUGAAGACGAUGGUUCGCACCCCCAAGGCAUAUGACAUGGCCUACGAAGAUGUACGCUUUCCGGCGAUGGAUGGCUGCCAGCUGGCAGCCUGGUACAUCCCGGCCAAGGACAAAGCGAGCAAAAAGUUGGCCAUCGUGGGCCAUCAGUCCUGGGCCUGUGCGAACAAGUCUGGCUGCGAGACGCACUACAGACACGGUUGGGUCAAAGUCGAAGGAAUCGACUACGUCAAGCUCCACAAGGUCUUGCACGAUGCCGGCUUUCAUGUCGUAGCAUACGACUUGCGGAACCACGGCGAGUCUGAGUCCAAGCUGCCCAGCGGCUUCGGCGAAGUCGAGUUCAUGGAUGCAAUGGGCGUCAUGGAUUGGGUGAAUGGCCAUUCAGUGCUGAAAGACUGCAAGGUGGCUUUGCUUCCAUUUUGCGUCUCUGGGGUGGCCUUCAUGAAGGCGAACUCACUCUACCCGAAGAAGUUCUCGCAGGUUGUCGCGUGGGCGACCACCAACAUAUUUCAUGGCCCGACGAUCAUGGCGAACCGGCCUUACAUGUUUGGCAUGGGCAAUGUGCAGCUCCUGAACGAGGCCCUCAAGAAGAAGCAGGCCCAGUACGUCAAAAGCGGCGAGCUGACGAACCCUGACAUCAAGUUCACAGCCCAGCGAAUAUCUGCGAAGCCCUAUGCGCCAGAUGUCAAAGUGCCCAUACUUUACUGCGACGUGAUGCAUGACUUCGCGGACUACCACGAGAUGAGCUGCCCUGACAUCUUCAAAGAGUUUGGUAAGGACCUCCGUGAGGAACUGAGGCAGCGCAACGAGCUCCACUUCCUCGGGCCGAAUCAGCCGGCGCCUUUCACAACGGAGGGCCGGAACAGGAGCGAGGGCUACAACUUCUACCAGUCAGACGCUGGCAGCAAAGUUUUGCUAGGCUUCCUCAGCAAGUACUGUCCGUGA